AUGCCUUUUUACAAUCCGGCUGCUCGAGGUGGUCAGUCACAAGCUGAAGAUAGAAAUGAAAAUGGGGCAGUUGGUGGUGCGGGGGUCGCUCUCGACCUCAGCAAAGCUUCCUAUCCGCUGUUCUCCAGUGCAGAAGCAAGGAGGCAGUCAUUCACCUCAUGGAGUCGAACUCAUUCCCAUCGGCCUGAAGACCUAGUUGCUGCAGGCUUCUUUUAUGCAGGAUAUGCUGACUGUGUCCGGUGUUUCUACUGUGGCCUGGGACUCAAAUACUGGAGACCCAACGACAUCCCCGCCUACCAGCAUGCCAGGUACCGGCCUCAUUGUGUAUACAACCGUCUGUACAAGGGGCAGGAUUACAUCGACAGGGUACAGCAGGACCUUCAGGUGAGACCACUCAUCUCUUAUAUUGUUUCCACUGAGUGUAUACACAAAACAGAAGAGCGAGAGAAAAAAGGAACCACUGAACAGCCUAUAGAUGCCGCACCCCCAGCACCAGGUGAAGCCAUGACGGCAGUCGUACAGAGACCAAAUCGAGGUAAUAUUGAAUUUAAUGAGUUGUUCAUGUCGGUCGAGAGGGAGCACACCCUGCUGGCUGAGCGAACCACAUGUCGACUGUGCAGGAGGAGGCCAGUCAGUUGUAUCUACUUGCCAUGUGGCCACGUCAUUGCAUGCCAGGAGUGUGCUGAUAAUGCCACUCACUGCAUUCUCUGCUCAAAGCAGAUUAUUGGCACCGCUAAUAUUUACUUAGCUUAA